UUGUUUGUCUCGUGACAGAAACGCAGCCGAGCGUCUGCUGGGCAGACAAACCAACCAGCGAGCAGAGAUACAGGCAGCCUGCAAAGCUCUGCAGCAGGCCAAAGAGAAGAACAUCAAGAAGCUGCUUAUUUACACCGACAGCAUGUUUACCAUCAACGGUAUCACCAAGUGGGUGAAGGACUGGAAGCUGAACGGUUGGAGACUGAAGUCCGGAGGUAAAAUCGUCAACGGGGACGAUUUUGUGGCGCUGGACAGACUGAACGCUGAGCUGGAGGUCGUCUGGAUGUACAUUCCAGGUCAUGCCGGCUACACGGGCAACGAGGAGGCCGACCGCCUCUCCAGAGAAGGAGCAGCCAAACCUCAUCUGCAGCACGGCCGCGACGAAGACGACGACGACGAUGAUGAUGGUUUCUGUUAAAAAAACCAAAAAAAAACGAGGCGAUCGUCUCUUUAAUGCCUCAAACUUUUCUGUUUCUGCACUUAAAAAAAACAGAGAUUCACAGGGAGGAGAUCUGUAUGUCUGUGUGUGUGUGUUGUUUCUGUUUAAAUAAAGUUUUGUUCUUAGGUUUCAACUGGAACCACA